CACAAAUCCUUUUUGAUACUUUUCAAAAACAACUCCUUUUUCGAAAAAGUACUUUUUCCAACUCUGAACGAACCAGACCAGAAUGAUAUGGAAUCGCACUCGCAGCACCCGAACAACUGCGCAUCUGCUCUAUGUCCUGUUCUUCGGUUCUUCCCCGAGUUCAUGCUGUUCCUUCCCCAAAUCUAUCCAAUUCCCAGCUCUAUCCGUCCAAAUCUCUAGCUGAACCCUAACACAAAUCGACCUCGCACCCCGGCUGACGCGGAAUCGCAUUCGCAGCACCCGAGCAACUGCGGAGCCAUGGAGGACCGGCUCAGCAGCCUCCCGGACGACCUCCUCCACUCCAUCCUCCGUGGCGUCCCGCUCAAGCACGCCGCCCGUACCAGCGCUCUCUCCCGGCGAUGGGUGGCCCACUGGAUCCGCGCGCUCGCCGCCUCCCCGGUUCUCGACUUCACCGACAGCAACUUCGCCUACGGCCAGCCGCCAGCGCGGGCUGCGGCCACGGUGGAUCGAUGCCUCCGGCUACACGCCGAGCAUGGCACGCCGCUCCACGUGUUCCGUGUGGCGCUGGUGUCCCCGUCGGUGCCGGGCGACGGCGCGUUCGGGCGGGACGUCGUCGGGUGGAUCGCGGCCGCCGUGACGAGGGGCGCUAGGGAGGUGGAGGUGGACCUGACGCCGUCGCAGGAGGACGCCGACCCCGGAAGCGCGGCGUUCCUGGAGCUCCCCCGCGACCUGUUCCGGGCCAGGAACUCGCUGGAGCGGCUCGCGCUCGGCCGGCUCAGCCUCCGCGCCGUUCCGCUCCCGGCGGCCGGGCUCGCCGGCCUCCGCUCGCUCUCCCUCAGCCACGCCGACGUCACCGACGAGGCGCUCCGGGGCGUGCUCGCCAACUGCGGCGCGCUCGAGUCCCUGAGCCUGAGGUGCUGCUCCCUCCUCACCACGGUGAGCGUCGCCAGCGAACGGCUGCGGGUCCUGGAGCUCCUGGGCUGCCGGUCCGUGCGCGAGCUCCGGGUCGCCGCGCCCGCGCUCGAGUCGUUCGCCCUGUACGGCAACGUCAUCCUGAGCGUCACCGACUGGUUCGACUCUGUCGCCGUCGACUUCGGCGCCGCGCCGGCGCUGCGGGACGUGUACCUGUCGCAAAUGGACUGCUGCGGUUCCCUGGACCGCAACAUCGACUACUACUACCCCUUCGUGUACCAUGUCCCGCAAGCCCGGAUCUUGACGCUCUGCUCCGUCGGCUUGGUGGUACCGAUUUUUUCACUGGACUCGGAUGAUGAUAAUCACUUCGAUCAUUUUCCUUAUGCACACUUAAACGGCGAUGAUAGCGCAUAUAUCGACAUGCCCAACCUCCAAGAGUUGCAGCUGCUGAUGGGCUCCCUAGAAGAAGAAAUGAGCACACAGGACCCUCGAUUCCCUGAGCGCGUGUACUAUUUCUUCAACUACACCUCGCUUCCAGUCCUCGAACGGCUCUUUAUCCGUCUCGCCAGCAAUCCUGCAAAUGGAAGCAGCUCGGAGCCCGACGAGGACGACGACGAUGCAGAGAUCAGAUUCGGCCCCCACGAGAUCGUCCUCGGCCAGCUGACUUUCAUCAAGGUUGUGAAUUUCAGGGGGACAUGGCGCGAGCGGCGGCUCGUCGCGUACUUGCUGAAGAGGGCUCCUAUCCUCGAGCAGCUGGUGUUGGUCACGGUGAGAGGAGAGGGAGCCCCGGGAGACGAGCAACCGGAGAACAUCAAGGAAUGGGUGUCGGAGCUGCAGAAGGCGUCGUGCGAGGCGCGCAUCACCGUGUGCCGCCCAAGCGAAGACGAUAGCCCGAACCAUGCCCACACGAGGUUCUUCCAUGAGGAGUAUUGCUGCACAUGAAUAUGAUGGCUUUGUACCAAAAUUAUGUUCAAUUGUUUUAGGGUGCUCGAUUUGCUUUAUUCUACUAUCUUUUAGUAUUGUACCAUGUAAUGUUACAUUGUUGUGACAAUGGUGUGAAUGAUGUUGAGGGCAAACUAGCGUUACAUUGCUGGAA